CAUUCUGUUCGAUUUCCGGUUGGUACGGUUCUACCACCAUGGAAUCUCCGGAUUCUCCAGUGCUUGUCUCUGUGGUGACGCCAAAGUCGAUCACCAAUGGCGGGACAGACUGGAACAGGCAAACCUCUGCGAGUUCGAGCAUCAUGGGCUUUGGCGCCCUGAGCCCUAGUGGCCCUAGUGUCCCUAGGGGCCCUAGUGGUCAUUUGCGGGCGCCAUUGCCCAGCUUGCUUGGUAUGACUUGCCUUGCGAAGCAAGGCGACGGGCAUUCCCAGCAAGACGUUUCGAUCAGUCGGUCAAAUUCACCGGCCAACUCCAGACGGGAAGGCGACUAUCUCCGUAGCGAUAGUGACUCUAUUAUGGGAGAAGUUCAGGAACGAAUUAGUCGGAUGGAACAUAAGUUGUUCAUUCUCGACAGCAAAAGCGAAGCGGCAGCGAUGUCGAGCGUGAAAACCGCUCAGUCAGGUAUGCUCCCUGAGUGGGGUGAUGAAAGCCAAGGCGAGGAUGACCAUAAAAAGAAGAAGACCUGUCGAAUUCCCUUUCGGCGGGCCAUCAUCGCCACGGUGAUCCUUGGGGCGCUCUUGACCUGUGUGCUCACGUUUCUUCCCUUGCUUGACUUUACGGUGCAAUUGCAGACGGAGACUGCCAAGAAUUUUCAGAAUUCAGUGGGUCGUCAAUUUGAGCUGAUUGAAGACCUGUCCACUCGAAAUGCCUUGUUUCUACACCGUAAUAUCCUCCAAAGGAUCAGUGGUAUGGUGUGGGAGACAGUUUUGGCUCCACCUGAUCUGGCGUUGGAUGCCCUAUGGGGCGACAUGCAAGCGCAUCAUGCGCUUGAUUCCUCUUGGACUGGAGCCAGCGAUGGCCAAAGAGCCUUCAUUGCAUAUCGUGCAUUCUUGGAGCUUCAGAAGCAGCAACAGAAUGUGAAAUUAGCCCAAAAACGUCAAAAACGAUUCGGCGCCGCCGACUUCCUCUACGUGGCCUUCCAGGGUGGUCGCUUCACCGGGACAUCCUUGACAUCUGGGCCUGUGGAGGGCCGCUGGUGGGAUUGCCCUGGCCAUGCAAAGACCGCCGAAGGCGCUUUUGCACAGCAAAAUAUCAGUAGACAUGAUCCAGCCUGUGGAGGGGCAUUCCCCUUGGAACGACCUUGGUACAGACUGCAAUCGACGCAAUCUGGUCCCACAAGAAGGUUGUGGUCUGGGCUUUAUACCUACUUGGAUGGCAGCAUUGGAUUGACCAAAACUGCACCAGUGGCCUACUGCGGGGACUACUCCUGCUUCCAGGGCGUAAUCGCAGCAGACAUUACGCUGCAAGCGGUGGGACAGAGCUGCAAUGAGGCUUUCCAGACCUUGAAAAAGGAACUUGAAGCCUCAACGUACCAAUUUCCCAUCGAUCCGAGCAAUGCCAUGGUCUUCGUGGUGAACCAUCAGAGCCAAGCUCAACGUCCUGGGCUUCUGGUUGGAGCUGCUGGCCUGCCGUUGAACCAGAUCGUGGCAGCAGAAGACUCGCAGGAGGUUUUGGUGCGCAGCACCUCCAAAGAGAUCCUGCGGCGCUUCGGCACGUGGGACGCCAAGCUCCUGCAGGAGGAACAGUUCUUUCGAUUUCGCCAACUUCCAAACGGCUCUGCUGUUGACUGCGGCAAUGAGUUCAAAGAUUUCACGGAUCCGGACUGCUUGCAGGUGGGCACCAUGUCCGUCGAGCUCGAUGAGGCGAACCGUUGGAUGGUGAUCAUCGUCAGCCCGUCCGUGGCCUUCUUUUCCAUGGCCAAGCACAUCGAAGGGAAAGUCAGUGAGGAAUUGGAGGCCAUCGACUCCAACAUCGAUAUGAUGGGCAUGACGAUCCUCCAAACUGCGGCCAUAGCAUUCUUGGUGACCACCGUCAUAACGGUUGGCAUUGGCUUUGGCCUGGGCACAGCGGUUUCCUCACCGAUGAAAGAGCUCGAAUAUAUGCUGCGGCGCCUGGCGCACUUCGACUUUGAAAAGGACGAGAGCUGGUUGGAGACUGAACCGACCAGCAGCAUUCGUGAGAUUUGUGAACUGCAGGAUGCGUUUUGCCGUCUUGCAGUGGGCAUCAAAACCUUUGCACGCUUUGUGCCAGAAGCCGUCGUGCGGAAUCUCAUCAAAGGUGAUCCCCGCGCCGCCAGGUUGUAUGUCGUUCGGAGAGUUGUGACCAUUAUGUUCUCUGACAUCAAGGACUUUACCACGAUGGCGGAAGCAAUAAGUCAGAAAGAUUUGAUUUUCGUCCUGACGCGGUACCUGUCCAUCAUGACGCGCAUCGUUGAAACCUUUGGAGGCGUUGUGGCGGAAAUCCUGGGCGACGGGCUCUUGGUCUACUGGAACACGCCCCACUAUACCGAGGACCAUCCUAUCAGGGCGUGUGCUGCUGCGCUGGCCAUGCAACAGGCUCUUGCACCUUUGAACUUCGAACUUUCAGAAUGCGGAUUGUCGGCCUUCCCCCUGUCUGUGCGCAUUGGCAUCAAUUCAGGGGAAGUGCUCUCCGGCACCUUUGGAUCUGAUCGGAAGAUGAAGUUCGGUUGCAUGGGCGACCCUGUCAAUCUGGCGAGUCGACUGGAAAAUGUGUGCAAGGCGUAUGGCGUGGGCAUCAUUAUCUCUGGCAUCACCUAUGACGCGAUCGCGGAUUUCAGUUUCAUUACCAGAAAGCUGGACAUGGUUCAGGUCAAAGGCCGGAAGGAACCGACCGUGGUCUAUGAGUUGAUGGGUUCCUUGGAGCCAGGCUUUGAAAACCUGGAUAAUUUGCCCACUUCGCAUGAGCCGCCGCCUGUAGCGCAAGAUACAGAUUUGGACGGCUCGUAUGAAACCGAAGAUGACAUGAUCAAGACCUUCAGCAGGAGCAGCAAAGACACCAAAGGGACGAGGACUACGAGGAAGAGCAAUGCCUCACGUGUCUCAGAGUGCUUCCUUCAGAAGACUCCCUCCCAGGCAGCACUCGAGGCAUUGGAAGAGUCCAGGCAGAGCCUCAGCAAACUGACGAGUUUCAACUGGACGGAGGUCUACAAGCAGAAGACGGAGGCACACAAAGCAACGCGAAGAAGUCGACAACCCGGUGGUAUCAGCAAUCCUUGCUCGCCGAUGCCACGGAGCAUCACCUCGCGAUCGGUCAUCAAAAACUUCACCUCUUUGGAUCCUCCUGACAAUGACAAGCUCCUCGAGCUCUCAAGGCGCUACGAGGAGUGUUUGGAACUCUGUCAGGCCGGCCUGUUGCAAGAGGCCGCUGAGCUCAUCGAGAUGCUGCUGGUGGACUUCCCACAAGAUAAACCGACGAUCAUGCUGCAAGAGAAGUUCCUAUGUGAUCAGGCAGAGCCCAGCAACAUGAAGGGGCCCAUUAAUAUGAUAACAGUCAUGAAUGAAAAAAAUUGACGUUGCGGACAGCAAGGUGCCGACAAGGCCGGCUGGACGCUUACGUGUUUUAUUUUGUGCUGGAAAGUUCCAGAGGACACACGUCUUUUGCAG